AUGCAGAUUUGUUCUGAUCUUUCUGUUCCACAUGUUAUCGAUUCUAAUUUAAUUCCAUUUGUUGAUUCGCCUAAGAAAGGUGUUCAACGUCGAAUGUUAGAUCGAAUAGGUGAUGAAGUUGCUCGUGCUACAACUAUUGUUAAAUUCGAUCCAUUUGUGAAAUUUCCUCGUCAUAAUCAUGAAGGUGGCGAAGAAUUUGUUAUGUUAGACGGGCGACUUUUCGAUGAUCUAUCGGGUGAUCACAGUCCAUUGACUUACUGUCGACAUGGAAUGGGUACAUUACAUGAACCAUGGACAACUGAAGAAGGAGCCACUCUAUUGGUUAAACUUCGUCAAAUGAAUGAUCGUACAGAAGCACCUAUCACCCUCAUCGAUACAGAAACUUCGAAUGAUUGGAAAAAAGAUUCGGAUGCAAAACGAGAACGUCUUGAUUUAUUUUCAAAUGCAAAAACAGGCGAAUACGUAUGGAUGGAGAAAUUGGAACCUGGUUUUCAAAGUGAUAAUUGGGUUGUUGGACAAGGCGGUGAAGAAAUAUUUGUACUCAAGGGUGAUAUGAGUUUCGAAAAUAUUGAUGGCACCGAUGAUGAAAACAAUAAGAAUAAGUGCACAAAAGGAUUUUGGAUUAGACGACCCGUUGAUUGGGCAGGACGAAAAUUUAAAGUCACAAGUGAGAAUGGAUGUCAAUUGUUUAUGAAAACAGGACAUUUAGCUAUGAAACUCGAUGAAAUUCGAUAA